AUGGGUGUUCAAUCAUUAUGGGAUAUAGUUGGUCCUCUGGCGAGACCCGUAAGGUUAGAAGCCUUAUCACGGAAGAAACUCGCGGUUGACGCGUCUAUAUGGAUAUAUCAAUUUCUAAAAGCCGUACGUGACAAGGAAGGAAAUGCUUUGCCACAAUCUCACAUUGUUGGGUUUUUCAGAAGGAUAUGUAAACUACUAUAUUUUGGGAUACAACCGAUAUUUGUAUUUGAUGGAGGGGUACCUGUUUUAAAGAGACAAACUAUUAAUGAGAGAAAGAACCGAAGACAACAAAACUCCGAAUCAACUCGAGAAACCGCUCAAAAAUUGUUGGCAAUCCAACUACAGCGACAAGUUGAAGAAUCGGUAGAAAAACGACUAGGUACAAAAACCCGAGCAGUGGAUAUCGAGGACGAUGAUGUGAUAUAUUUUGAUGAUUUACCAAUGAAUAAGGUUGUGGUGGAAGAAAAACCACAAGAGCGCCCAAAGUCCAUUAAAUUCAGAAAAGCCGAUGAAUAUCAUCUUCCAGAUUUGAAUGAGUUUAGAGUUUCUAGAUAUGACCAAAGGAUUAUGCCCGAUGAUGAUAACACUGAAACAUGGGAUGAUUUUGAUCAUGUGGAUGGGAUCAAUAUUAAUGAGGUUGAUCCAAAAUCUAAAGAAUUUGCUAAUCUACCCAUUGCCACGCAGUAUAUGAUUCUAAAUCAUCUCCGAUUAAAAUCGAGAUUGAGAAUGGGCUAUAGGAAGGAGCAGCUACAAGAACUAUUCCCAAACCUGAUGGAUUUUUCCAAAUUCCAAAUUCAACAAGUUCAAAAGCGAAAUUUUUAUACACAAAAACUUAUGAAUGUGACUGGGAUGAAUGAUGAAGACACCAUUGAUAGGAGGGUUGCUGGUGAAAGGGAUAGAAAAUAUGCUUUAGUUAAAAACGAAGAUGGGUGGACUUUGGCUCUAGAUGAAGGCGGGUCGUUGGGGGGAAAUCCCGUCAAGACGGAAAUAGGCGAAUUAAAGCUAGCAGAUGAACAACCAACUUCAAAUAACAACGGUGGAAGCGACAACAGCGAUCUGGACUUUGAAGAUGUAAUCUUAGCCAAUUCUAAAGAAUCUGAAGAAGAGAGGAUGACUCAGGAGGCUUUGGUCAAAUCGAUUUAUGAACAAUAUGGGAACCAGGACCCCACAUAUGCGAAAGAUAGUUCCGAAUUGUCAUUUUCGUAUGAGGACCAACUAAGGAAAUUAGUAGAAGAAAGCAAACAAGAUUAUUUCAAAUUGAGGGAAGAAGAAACAAACGAUGCAAAGAUUGGGAAAGAAAGUUGUUUCGAUUUGAAGUCAUCGAUGUUAUUUGCCGACACUACCAGUCCUCCGAAACGACUUUCGAAUGGGAUGCAGGACGUUUUGAAGCGCUUCACAAAGAACGAUCUACAAAGUUCGCUUUUAUUAGAUUCGCAAAACUACAAAACUGGUGAAAUAAAUCCAAAAGCAUAUAAACGUGAAAAAAAUGCAAAAGAAAUUGGAAAAGAGAAGCAGGAAAUUUCUGUGGCUGAUAGUGCAAGCGCCCCUUCAAUAGAAGCUAAAGCUUCAAUAGAUGGGGUAAAUACAGAAUCUGCUCGGAGGAGCCAGGAUAACGAUGAAGGCGAGCUCUCAAAAGUGGAAAUCACCCACUCAUUGAAAGAAGUUCAGCUGCCCAUUGAGGGACAGAGACGAUUACCCGAUUGGUUCCAGAGUGAAAUCAACAAAACAUUGAACCCACACAAUGAAAAGUUUGUUCCCAGUACUGGAUUCGAAAACAAAAGCUAUAAAGAAGAUGAGGAGGCAGGUUUAAUUCCGUGGUAUGAAGCUAAAGAGCUUUUUGAAAACAACGAAGAGAGCAAGUCGCAACACGAUGAGGUUAUUGAGCUCCCCCGGAAUGACGUUAAUAGCUCUACAUCUGAAAACAAUGUUCAGAGAGAAAACCCAGAUACAAAAGAAGCACAUGAAGCAGAGCGUAGACGACCUGCUGUGGUUGACUAUGAUUUUGAAGAGGAAGAUGAGGGGCGACUCGUACAACAAUUACAAAAUGAAGAGGCCGAUCAUGAAAACUUGAAAAGCCAGAUUAAACUUUCUCAUGAAUUUCCUAUGUCUUCAAUCGAAACGAGGAUCACUGAAGAGCAACUUUUACAAGAAAAAUUACAAAAAGCUAAAAGAGACUCGGAUGAGGUGACUGAGAAUAUGAUUAGUGAUGUGCAAGAGCUAUUGAAAAGGUUUGGGAUUCCUUACAUUACAGCUCCUAUGGAAGCGGAAGCACAAUGUGCAGAACUCUUUAGGAUAGGUUUGGUCGAUGGUAUCAUCACCGAUGACAGUGAUUGUUUUCUUUUUGGUGGUGACAGAAUAUACAAAAACAUGUUCAACCAGAAACAAUUUGUUGAGUGUUAUUUCAAAGACGAUAUUGAGGAUCGGAUUGGGUUGAGCAGAGAGAACUUGAUUGAGUUAGCCAUAUUGUUGGGAAGUGAUUAUACACAAGGAAUUAAAGGAAUUGGUCCGGUCUUAGCAGUAGAAAUACUUGCAGAAUUUGGGAGCUUAAAGAGGUUCAAAAGUUGGUUUGAUGAAAAAACAAAAACAACUAAGUUGGAUCAAGUCACCUUGACCCCUUUGCAAAGGAAUCUUACUAACCGUAUCAAAAAUGGGAAGCUAUAUUUGCCUGACAAUUUUCCUGACAAAGUCAUAUUCGAGGCAUAUCAACAUCCCGAAGUAGAUUCCGAUAAAAGUGAGUUUAAAUGGGGUAUACCGAAUUUGGAUCAAAUAAGGUCCUUUUUGAUGUAUAAUGUAAAUUGGUCUCAGGAAAGAGUCGACGAAGUGAUGGUGCCUUUGGUUAGGGAUUUGAAUAAGAAAAGGGCCGAGGGAACACAAUCAACUAUUGGUGAAUUUUUCUCCCAAGAGUAUAUUCAGAGUCGUAAGGAGUUGAAUACGGGGAAAAGAUUGAAAGCUGCUGCAAAUAAGUUGAGUAAGAGAAGAAAGAAGUAA